AUGUCUGGCUUCCCAAAGCGUAGCGCCGCUUUCAACCCGCAUGCUUAUCGCAGCCAGGCUGCGUAUGAUGCUCACAAAAAUUCCCUCAAUUCUACAAACCGGAAACCGACCGACGAGCCAAAGCCGACCGGUCCAUUUGACCGCAACGCCUACCGCAGUCAGGAGGCCUUGGUUGCGCCCCAGAACACUUUGCGCGGCGACACCCAUCCACCCAAGAAGCAAUCCUUCGACAUGCCGAGGAGCAACAACUCGUUCAUCCCUCACGGUUACCGCAGCCAGGCCGGGCAUCGUUCGAACAAGAAUAAUCUACGCGCCGGCAACAAUCACCUCAAGCAGCAGUUCCAAAAGAAACGUCCCGCCAAGCCGGGAAAGGGCUCCAGAACCCAGAGCGGUGCUGAAGGACCGCACUGCAUGUCCGACGCCGAAGUGCGCGAGUGGUUCCGCCAGGCUGAUAUUGAGUACGAAAACAAGAAGAAGGCUGGGUAUAUUAAGGAUUACGUCCCGGCGGGAGGCCACGCUCCGGAUUUCAGCGCCUUUCGGGCCAAGUUUCCCGCGUCCAACGUCAUCGCACCUGGCAUGAAAAACUCCCUGCAUGCACCACUCGAGACUACCGAGUCUGCAAAACCAUAA